CUAGGAAGCAAGGCGGUGUGGUCCAAAAAUGCAAAUAAAUUAUACAAAACCUGACCGGUGGACUACGAUGAACGACGAGUAUCGCUAUAAUUCGCCAAAGUUUAUAAUGAGACAUAGUGCUCAACCUGCAGAAACUACUGCAACCUCCACAGGCAGUCGUAGUUUCGAGACGCAAUUCAUGCGGAUGUUGCAACGGGUAAACGUCACGGUAGAACAAAAUGAGCUUCGAUUGUUAGACCAGGAGCGACGAGAGCAGACGGAGCUUGAGUGGAAACAGGUGGCGUUGGUAAUGGACCGACUCCUUUUGUGGAUUUUCAUCAUCCUUACAGCCAUUUCCACCACUGUCAUCCUCCGUGGAUCCCCAUACGGCCCGUGAUCUGUCGGUGGCUUUUAUAUCACGCACGCAGGCUGAUUAUUUACUUUCAUAGAUCCUGACCAUUGAUUUGUAAAUUUCAUUUAUGGCGCAUGUAUGAUCAAACGAUUUGUGUUCUAUACUGUGAUUCUACCCAAUGCCCUGCUAAAAAUUCCCAUGGGAGUGGACAGGGUAGGUAUCCCCUGUGCUCCAUGGGGAGUGAACAGGGGAUCCACUGUGCCCCUGUGGGAGUCUGGGGAUCUUCAGUCCCGUCCCUCCGUCCCCGCGCGUCCCGCAGUUUUAAGAUUGGGUUGGCGGACCUCCGGCUUCUCGGUUGUUUUUUUAUAUUAAGUAUUUUGUUUAUUUUCU